AGGAGGACUCCCCUACCCCAAAGGCUUACUUCCAACCCAUCAUGGGGGAAACUAAGCUCUGUCUUUUGCUGCUGCUAGGGACAUGUGCCUUGGCUCAGCAAGAUAUUGGUAAUGCGGAAGGACAAUCUCAAUCUUGUCACUUGGCGAAGAGGUUCAAGAACUUCCGAAGAUUUGUGUAUCAGUAUGAAGCUGAAAGCCUUAAUGGCGUACACGGAGCGACCAACCUCAAGAACGGCCCUAAAGUAACCUGCAAGGUUGAAGUCGAUGUGCCUCAGACAUGCAGUUUCAUCCUGCGGACUACGGAGUGCUCCCUGAGCGAAGUGGUUGACAUCUCCGCAGAUGGUUCCCCCAAGUUUGAACCCACUAGUGGGUCUGAGGCUUUCCAGGCUGCCAUGGAAAAGAACCCCUUGAAGGUCAUGGUUGAGGGACAGACAGAUGUGCAACUCUUCCCUGAGGAAGAUGAGACUAUCACCAUCCUGAACAUCAAGAGGGGAAUUGUCUCUGCCCUCAUUGUGCCUGCUUUGGAGGACGAGAAGAACAAGGAAAUGGCCACGCUUCAUGGGGUCUGUGUCACCGACUUCGCUGUGAACUCAAGGGAAGACAUCGCUACUGAUGUCACCGUCUCCAGGGACCUGUCCAACUGCAACAGCUUCAUUGCCCAGAGGGACCACACCAGCCCCCUGGCUAUCAUCUCUGGCAUGCAAUAUCCCCUGUCCAAGCUGAUAAGCAGCAGCCAGAUUUGCAACUACAAGUUUGACAACCAGAAGAAGCACAUGACUGCUGGAUCCUGCACUGAGAAGCACAUAUUUUUGCCUUUCUCUCACCAGACGGAGUAUGGAAUGUCAACUCUGGUUAAACAGACUUUAACCCUCCUGGAGACUAUCAAGAUCAACGAAAGAGUCUUCAACCACAAUGAGGCCAACCUCAAGGGACUUCCCAUGGAGGCUGCCGAGGACAAAGCCCCCGUCCAGACGGCGGACGCUGUCCUUGCCACUCUGAGGGUGCUGAGCACACUGUCCAACACCGACCAGGGCCACCAGCGCGCCAGCACCUUUCAGAGGCUGGUGGCGGAGCUCCGUGGACUGAAGAUCGAGGCCAUGAGCCCCGCCGUCCCCGAGAUGGUGUCCGUGUCGAACACGCUGACCUGGCAAGCCUUGGCCCAGUGCGGCACCCCAGAGUGCAGCAGCGCCAUGCUCCAGCAGCUCAGGACCUUCAGCACAGACGCUGUGGAGGUCGACGCAGUCAUCUAUGCACUGGGACUUAUGCCCAACCCCUCCCGCCUCCUGGUCAGGGACAUGCUCAGCAUGGCUCGGUACAAACAGAGCAAGCCCAUCAUGUUCGCUCUGGGCAACGUCAUCAGAAAGCUCUACCAGGCUGAGGGCAAAGUCACCCCUGAGAUCGCCGCUGUGUCCGAGUACCUCGUCUCCCUUCUGGGCGCUGAUUGCGCUGGUGAGAAAGAACUGACCUUCUUGACCCUGAGGGUUGUUGGCAAUAUUGGAGAUAUCAUGGAGGCCGCAGAUGCCAACGUGAAGACCAACCUGUUGAAGUGCAUGAGACAGCCAGCCACAACCUUGCAGGUCCAGCUCGCUGCAAUCCAGGCCUUCAGACGCAUGUCUGUGACCGAUGAGGUGCGCACUAACCUCCAGAAAGUGAGCUCAUACGCAAAGGGUUCUGUGCAGAAGAGACUGGCAGCUUACCUCAUUCUGAUGAGGACACCAGAGGCAAGUGACCUGGAGCUGCUGAAGAAAAUACUCAAGGCCCCAAAGGCUGAUAAACCAGAUGUUGAGGAGCAGAAUAAGCAGGUCAAGGCCUUUGUGAGCUCUCACAUCUACAACAUCAUCCACUCCAAUGACCCCGAAACAAAAAAGCUGGGUGCCAAGAUCCUUGAUGUCAUUACUGACCCGACUCUGGUCAGCACUCAUGGUGAUUAUACAACUUCCUCCCGCAACUACAAGAUGGAUGCUGGCAUGAACGACAUGCAGACCAGCAUGCAAGGAAACAUGAUAUUUGAUCCCACAAGCCAACUGCCAAAGGAAAUCAUGCUUGAGACUACCCUGAAAGCCUUCGGCUAUAAUAUUGACAUGUUGGAGAUUGGCCUGGAGGGAAAUGACUUUGAGCCCACAGUCGCAGCUCUCUUUGGAAAGAACGGGUUCUUCCCUGACACCUUGUCCAAGGCUUUGUACUUUGCUGGAGACCACAUGCCGGAGCAAGUUAACAGGAUUCUGAAGAACUUUGCUGCGCCCUUGCAAAAUGAGAAAACAAAGGUCCCAGAGAACAUCGUGAGGGAGAUUGUCCGCAACUUCAACAAGCUGGCGAAGGACCUGCAGGCUCAGCAGUCUCCAGAGGCCACGGCCUACCUGAGGAUCAUGGGAACAGAGCUUGGAUACAUCAAGGACAGCGAGUUGAAGGGCAUUGCCCAAAAUGCAGCUGUUUAUGCCGAGGUCCUCCUCAAGACCAUGCCCACACAGUUCAUUCAGAAGUUGUUGGCAAGCACUGACAACGAAGUGUUUGCCCAUUACAUCUUCAUGGACAACAAGUUCUCCUUGUCAACUGCCUCUGGCUUCCCUCUGAAGUUCUCUCUGUCCGGUACUUUUGCCCCAGGAGCUAAGGGAGGCAUUCAGAUUCACCGCAGAAUUCAAGAAGUGUCCUUCAUGCCUUCUGUUGGAGUGGAGUUUGUGACCCAGAUGGGAGUACACAUCCCUGAGUUUGUCAACUCUGCUCUGGAGAUGCACACCAACAUGUAUCACGAGAGUGCCCUCAACGCCAAGAUCACCAUGGAGCAGAACCAGAUCAAACUGAGCAUACCCGCACCUAAGGGGAAAACACAGCUUUUCAGAGUGAGCAAUAGAAUGCUGACUGUGGCCCAGGGACAGUCCACUGUGAUCCCCCAUGUGGGUGAGGGGGAGACAUCGCUUGAUAACUGCGGCCCUCUCUUCUCUGGUGUGAAGUACUGCACCACUGCUCGUUAUGUUACAGCCGGUGACAACGCACCCUAUUUCCCUCUCAAUGGAGAGACAAAGUUUGCUGUGAACAUCGAGCCCACGGGCGAGGUCUCCGAGUACACCGCCACUUUCACCUACGAGCUCCGCAGCGAGGGUAAGGAAGGACGCCAGAAGGUUGACACCGCGAAGAUGAUCUUAAGAGCGGAGGGUGCUAAAGCCACUGAGGCCACUGCCACCAUGAAGUACAACAGGAACAGGAAUGUCUUGACCACCAACGUCCAGAUCCCCGACUACGACGUGGAGGCUGGAAUCAGGGUUGGUCUCACCGACAGCAGAGCCAACGGAAAGUCCAUCGCCAUCGACAUCACCAACAAGAACGUCCCGCAGCUGUCUCUAAUUGGCCGUGCCAAGCUUGAGGCCAUGAACGACGGUAUGCUGCAAGUCCAGCUGGUUGUCCCCGCCCUUAAGACAGAUGCAAUGAUCACGGCAAACAUGAAGAAUGCAGGAGAAUUCCUUUUGGAGCUAACAAGCGACCUCAAGCUCCCCGAGACCACCUCCAUUCAGGGAGUCAUCUUAAAGCUAGAUGAGAACAAGGUUGAGGUAAUGUUGAAGUCUGACAUGGGCUCUGAGAUCCAGAAACUUAUCCCUAACACUGAAGCCCUCCAGGCAUGGCUGAAGCAGUUCUCUGAUGAUAUCCUGGACCACCAGGUGGUGAAGACUGACAUGAAACUGCGUCACAUCCUCACCAAGUCUCUUGAGGCUGGCAACAAAUGGAUGGAUAAAAUGAGCUUUGAGUGUCCCGUGGUUAAAACACUGAAGGACAACAUGCCCAAGCUGGCAAUGCCUACUAUCCCUGAAAGACUGUUCCUGAAAUCUAUGAGCAAAUUCAAAUACCAGUUCAACAAGGACCAGGUCACCAUCACCAUUCCCAUGCCAUUUGGAGGAAAGUCAUCUGAAGAGCUGAGGAUCCCUGCCGCGCUGACCACCCCACGUCUGUCUGUGCCGCAAGUCGGUCUGGAGCUCGCCUCCAAGGAGUUCCAGGUCCCUGCCUUCUCCAUCCCCAACAACUAUGAACUCACUGUGCCACUCUUUGGAAUGGUCGAAGUGUCCGCUAAGGUGAACAGCAACUACUACAACUGGGAGGGCAUGGUCUCUGGUGGCAACAACUCUGUGGAUUCCCCCAGCUACUUUGCCAAGUUUAAGGUGGCAGCUGACAGUCCCAUUGAACUCCUCACUUUCAAUUCUGAAGGAACUGCCCUCAUAAGUGAUAUGCCAGGAUCCUCUCUGAAGGCUAUCGUGAAUGGUUCCUUGAGCCACAAGCUCAUUGAUUCAAGCUUUGAGGUCAUGGAAACCGUCAGUGUGUCAGACAAAGUGAGAACCACAGGCAACCAGAAGAUUAAGGUCAUUAGCCCCCUGGGUCUGGAAACAUCACUAGAAAUCACUUCCCAGGCCUCCCUGGCCGCCGACAUGUUAAUUGGUGACGCUAACAUGGAUGGAAGUGUGACCCUCGGAUCUGUUACCGCCAGCACCACCUAUUCCCAGUCCUUCUCAGUUGAGCCCAUGAAGAAAGAGGCCAGAGCGGAAUCCACAUUGAGGGUGAACUCCCCAGUCCUGGAGAUUGUCAGCAAGAUCAAGGCCGGCUAUGCUGAUGAGAAGCUUCUGAUCGAGUCCAACACCAACCUGAACAACGACCCCAUUAAGCACACCACUAAAGUCACCAUCGGCUACAAGGAGGCCCAGCUGACCAUUCAGUCCGACUCUGUGACCAAGGCUGAAGAGAAAAUGAUCCGCAGUCAAGUGGAUUUCACUGCCUCUACGGAUAAAGCCAGCAUCAGGGUAGAGAACCAGGCAGAUGAUACAAGAAACCGUGUCUACUCACUGCUCUCAGGAUCCCUGAACAGCUAUGGCCUGGAGAUCAAUGUGGACGCUUCCGGCAACGUUCUUGGCAGCCGUGCCUCCCACAAGGCCGCUCUGACUCUGAAUGAGGAAAGCAUGGCAACAAGUGCCACCACCACCAUCCAAAGCAGCCCCAUAACCUUUGAGAAUGUCUUCAAUGGUGGAGUCGACACCACCAGGGCCCACGUGUCCAUGAACACCAAGGGAGCCUUUAACGAGAACACUGCUGAGUUUAACAUGGAGGGAAAAGUCGCAAGCUCUGAGGGCAGCCUUAACAGCAUGUUCAAGGGAACUCUUUUCGAUGCCAACACCAUGAACAGAGUGAACCUGAAGGUGAACAAAGAUGGCCUGACCCUCUCCAACAAUCUGGUCGCUGGACUAUUUCAGAUGGAGACAGAAAACACAAACAGCCUGACUCUCACACUGAAAUCCCUGGCCCUCCGCUCCAAGACUGAGAACUUCUUCACCAAGGAGAAUGCCUACAAGCACGACAUCUCUGUCGACAUCUCUACUGAAAGGGAACUCUUUGAUGCCUCCAUGAAUGUGAACAAUGACCUCAAGAUUAUGGACAACACCUUUGUCAACAAGGCCAUGUUCCAAGUAGGCCCAUAUAGGAUGAAACUGUCUGGCAGUCUGAAGGGAGCCUGUUCCGAAUCCGAAAUGGCCAAUUUCGAGCACACCUAUGAGAUCGGUUUUGCUGACAUGACUGCCACUGCUAAGUGCAAAACAAAUGGAAAAUAUGCAUUAUCUCAGAUGACCCAUACCGCUGACCUGGAGAUUGCGGGUUUAUCCACUAAGUUCAACAGCAUUGCCAACAUCAACUCCCAAACUGCCCUUUGGACAGCACUGAACCUGGACAGCACUGUUAACAUUGUCGCUGAGCCAUUCAUGGUUGACAUUUCUGCACUCUUCAACUCCAACGGAUCUCCAAAUAUUUUUGGAAUUCAGAACAUUGAGCUGUUCAAUAAAUUCCUGUUGAAGGCUGAGCCCCUGGCUUUCUCCCACUCCCAUGAAUACAAGGCCUCCACCACGUUCCAGCUGGAAAAUGGAGACUCUAUCAAAACCAACCUGGACAAUAAGAUCACUAGUAGUCUGAGUCCUCAAGAGCAGCAUGCUUCAAUGAAGAUGACAUCCAAACUGAACAACCAUGAAUUCAGCCAAGAACUGAACGCCGUGAACAAUGCUGAAUCAAUGGGAAUGGAAGUGGCAGGAGCUGUCAUCACAACCAUUUUAAACAAGGCUAGCAAAAAGCAGGAAUAUGCAAUCUCUGGCUCCCUAAAGUAUGAGAAGAAUAGUGACAGCCAUUUCAUCCAACUGCCGUUUGUUGAGCAUCUCCCUGCAGUCAUUGAGCAAGUGAAAAUUGCAAUGAUGAUGACAUUGGAGGACAGCAAGGGCUUGCUGCUGGAUAUUGACACCAAAUAUGAAGUCAGAGCUAAGAUUCAGGGAAAAAUAGAUGAUCUGCAACAAGUCGUUGAGAGCUUCGACAUCAACCUGUUCAUUCAAGACCUGAAGGACUUCAUUAGCUCCAUUGAAACCUACAUUCCCACACUGAUGGACAAGAUUCCCACUGAAGACAUCUUGAAUGUCAUAAAGUCAAUUAGGGACACUAUUAUAAGGUGGAUCAAGAAAAUAAACCUCAAUGACAAGGUAAAUGCUAUUUACACCAAAAUUGAAGAGAUCCUGUCCAAGUAUGAGGUUGAAAAGAUGGUUGAGACAGCCAUGGAUGAGGUUGUGUUAAUCAUGAAGUCCUACAAUCUUAAAGAACGCAUUCAGUCUGCAAAAAGCAAGUAUCUGAAGUAUUUUGAUUUCCAAGGCCCACUGAACAACUUCAUCAUUCAUGUGAACAAGAUUGUAAAUGAACUGAUUGCCUUUGACUUCAAGCAACUGGUAGAAGACAUGAGUGCCUAUUUUGAUAAAUUGACUAAGAAGAUCAGGUCUUUCGAUUAUAACGCAUUCGCUGCAGAGCUGAAACUGAAAGCCAUUGACCUUAGUAGGGUCCCCUGUUUCGGAAAGGUCAACGGAGAGUUCAGAAUCACCUCACCUGACUACCGCAUGAACACCGUUGCUGAGUUUCACAACUCCACCACCACUGAAGGGACACCCGAGUUCUAUAUUGCCCUCAACUCUCAGGCCACUUCUACCUCCGAGCUGCUUGCCUACACCUUCGAUGCCAGAGUUGACCUUGCUUUGCCCAAGAUGAGCCGCCUAUCUCUCUCUGAGAACAUUAAGGUUGUGCACACUGCCUUCUCUGUGGAGCACCAGGGAGCAGUUGACUUCUAUGGAACAUCCACCAAAGCUUCCUCCAAGACCAAUGCUAGGGCUACUACUGAGCCCUAUAAUGCUAGGCUGGUUAGCAAUGCCUUAUUCACCACUGAGAAUGGACUCUCAGUGACACUGGAUAAUACUUACAACCAUAAGGUGAACCUGCCACUUCUUAACGUCUUCAGCGAAGUCACAGUUACUCAGAAGGUAGAAUCCCUCCUGCAAGCUGGUGUUAUCACUCUGACGCUUAUCAAUGAUGCCAAUGGUAAAGCGGCCAUCGAGGAUUACUCAGAUGAAGGAACACAUAAGUGCAACAUGGAGGUUGUCAUGAACCGCAACACUGUCAAACUGACCUUCACUGGAGCAACCGACACCAACAACAUGAAAAUGUUGCAAAAUGUGAUUGCUGAAGCCGGCAUUUUCAGUCAUGUCAUCAUUGAUGUCAACACUGACACCAAAACUCCUUUCAUCAAGAGCAGCGUUGCUGAGCUGAAAGCAGAGGCCAAUGUGCAAGAUCUGAAGAUGCAGGUUACUGGAUCCCACAUCACAGAGCUAGUAGGCAUGGUUGAGGGAAUUAUUUCCAACUCAGUCAACUUUGUUGCAACACCAUAUGAGUUUGUAUUUGACACCAAGAACAAGGAAAACACCAAGGUUACACUUCCUUUCACACUGACUGGAAAGGUUGAUCUUCAGAAUGACAUAGCCAUAACCCUCAACUCUGCAGUGCAACAGGCCAGCUGGACUGGACUUGCACGAUUCAACCAGUACAAAUACUCACACUACUUCAUGAUGGACAACGGUGAGCAAGAAAUCCAUGUCUUCACCCAGAUGAAAGGAGAAGCAAACCUUGAAGCGCUGAGGGAGCCCAUCACUAUUCCCAAGAGUGCUGUGGAAUUCCUUGGCAGAACUGAUUUCUCUCUGUGGUAUGACACCGGUCUGAAUCUGCUUUUGAGUACACCUCAGCAGACCUUUGACAUGGACACCAAGCUCACAUACAAGAAGAACACAGAGAUGUUCAUCGUUGACAUUGACAUCGAGCCAAUCUUCAAUGCCAUCAACAAACACACCCGGGGUCUAAAAAAGAACAUGAUUGUUGGAAGGGACAAGGCUGUUGCCCUCCUCUCUACCUCAAUUGACCAGGCAAAGGCAGAAUACGAAAAAUACAACAUGGAGCUGCCCAAAACCAUCACUGUUCCAGUAAACAAAGUUCCAGGGCUGAACAUUGUGAUGUUACCGUUCUCUAUUCCUGUACCUGACAUCACUGUCAUCACAAAGCCAACUAUGCACAUUACAUCUGCUUUGAGCAAGGUAACCCUUCCAAAAAUCAGUUUGCCAAAAAUGCAGAGCAAAAUCGUGAUCCCUGUCUUUGGCGAUCUGACCUAUGAGUUUUCCAUGAAGACCACUGUGCUGACAGUGAAGGCAAACGCUGGCAUCCUCAAUCAGGAUGAUUUCGUUGUCACGUUUGACGCUUCCUCAACCUCUGAAUUUAAUAUUCUGAAGGCCAAGAUUGAUGGUACCACCACCUUGAAAAGGAACAAUGGAAUGAAACUAGCCUCUAUGCUAAAUCUGGAGACCAUGUGUGUUAAGGGCAGCCAUGACAGCACUAUCAGCCACAAUGGCAAAAGCAUGGAUGCCUCCAUCAAAAAUAAAGCUGACAUUAAUGUCCCAACUCUCUGGACUAUGGAGGUCAACCAGGAAGUAUUUGCAAAUGCACAGGAGGGCUUAAUCAUCACUGUCUCCUCCCCAAAUGCUGGACUCAUUGGACUCCAGCUACAGGCCAAGAAACCAGACCAAGUGAAAGGAAGACUCUAUGGUAGAUACCCGUCUGACCUCACCACGGAUGUUGAUAUCGUGGCCCUGAAAAUGUCUGUGAUCAACUCUGAGAAGCUGAAACUACAGACCACCUGGGACAUGGAAAUUCCCACUGAGAUGCUUCUGGUAGUGAAGAAGAAGGUGCCUGAGAUCAUGUCAGCCGUUCCCAUGGAAGAUAUCCUGUCUGCUCCCCAGAAGAUCGCCGACAAACUUGAGGAUAGCAUGGACCAGAUUGUGGAUCAGAGCAAGGUCAUGUACAAGAGGGCUGCAAAAAUGAUUGAAUCUUCAGAUCUUACAGCCACCACCGACAAGCUUGCCGACAGCAUCAUGUCCAUCCUCAGGCACUACCAGACGAAUGUUCAGGUUUUGCUCAACGCUGCUAUCAAGUUCCUGAGAGAGACCCAGUUCCAGAUCCCCGGAUUUGAGGGAAAGAUGUCUGGUCUUGAGGCCUACCAGAAGCUCAGUGGCUUUUUUGCUGAAUCGCUUGAAAAUGUUAUCAGAAAGGUUCCAGAAUUCUGCACCUCCAACUGUGCAGCUCUUCUGCAACAGAUCAGAAAAGCUGAAUUCACAAUUCCCGGCUCCAGCAAAUCCAUCAGUGGGAAAGUUAUCUUGGAUGACCUGAUGGCAGCCAUAGAGAAGAUCCAGCAGCAAGUGGUCGUCAUUGUGAAGAAAGUUGGAGGUAUCCCUCUUGAGGAUUUAGUGAGCAAGUUGUCUGCCUUUUUGCAUUUAACCGUGGAGAAAACUGCAGAGCUCAUUGUCUCCCUGAAAUCUCAGGACAUGGAGAAACUCACCAUGUGGAUUAGUGAUGUGUACAGCGAUGCCAUCAACUCCCAUGUCAUGUCUGACAUCACAGUGCAGAUUGAGGAAACCAGGAGAAUCAUCAGAGAAUACAACAGCCUUGUCAAGUCCAAGCUCGACGAUCUCUUUGCAGAAAUGUCAGUUGCGCAGCUCAGUGCUGACAUCCAGUCUUGGAUUGAUUCCUUGAUUCAGCGCAUUAAUGCCAUUCACUCCAAUAUCAUUGAGUUCCUUCAGGACAUUACCAGAAAUGCAGAGUCUUAUGUCACAGUCAGUGACAAACAGAUGGACAUUGAAAUUCCUUUCCCAUUCACUGCUCAGCUUGACAUGUAAAACAUUUACACCAAACUCCUUGGCUUUGAACAUGCAAACACAGCUGAUGAUGUCACAUACAGAGUCGUAGUAUAUUCUUAUAAUAAUGAAUUUACAUACAUUUUUUGUAAGUUUCUAAUUCAGUUUAUUUUUCUGGACAACCAACUUGACUAGUCUUAUUUUUUCCUUAGCUGCCUUGUUAUAUUUAAAAACUUGAGAAAAAAACAUGAAUAAAGAUCAUUUGUACCUCAAA